UAAACAAAAAUCUGUGGCAUGCCGCUUCUUCGAUUGGUGUCGAAAUCACGCUCUACGGCACCAUAAAAGGACACCCCUUUUGCCUUAGAAACCGGGUCACGGAAAUUCGCAAACGUUUCUUGGACGAACCAGUAUGGCUAAAGUUAAAGACUCACUUAGGAUAAUCGAACAGGCCCUGAACACCUUCCGUGCCGAGGAGAUGUUCUUGUCUUUCAACGGUGGCAAAGACUGUACGGUGCUGUUAGACCUCAUUCACAAUUCAAACCUGAAGGAUGCGAAACGAAUAAAAUGCAUCUACGUCCGUCCCCGGAAGCCGUUCGACGAGAUCGAAGAGUUUGUGGAGCUGUGUAGGGAUCAUUACGGCAUCACGAUAUCGACCAUCGAUGGCGGUAUCAAGGCGGCCCUUGAGCUCAUCUGCAAGCAGGACCAGCAGAUUAAAGCCUGCAUCAUGGGCUCCCGGCGGUCCGAUCCGUACUGUGAGCGAUUGGCGUCCUUUCAGCAAACAGACCCAGGAUGGCCAGAAUUGAUGCGCAUCAAUCCGCUGCUCGAGUGGACGUGCGAAGACAUUUGGAGUUACAUCCGUGACAAUAACGUACCGUACUGUUCGCUGUACGACCGAGGCUACACCUCGAUAGGUGAUCAAUCAAACACGAUUCCAAACCCCCACCUUAAGGUUGAAAUGGCCAACGGUGACGUGACUUACCUGCCGGCGUUUAACCUCCGAGAUGCGGAUAAGUACGAAAGGGCUGGGCGGCUUUAGCAGUGUUCCUGGUGCCUUCUACCGCUCCGUUCCUUGCGCAUUAGCAUCGCGGGAGAUUCCGGUAACACUU